AUGCAUCCAACUUGGCAGCCUCCCAAAGAAUACCGCAAGCGGCCUGUUGCUGUGCUUGGUGCUGGUGUGCUCGGCCGUCGUAUUGGUUGCAUUUGGGCUUCCGCCGGUUACGAUGUAAAGAUUCGUGACCCCAGCCCUCAACAACGCAUUGAGUGCAUCGCCUACAUUGAGAAGAACGUCGCCUCCUACGCCGAGAAGACGGGGCAGAAUCCUGGAAAAUCUGAAGCCGUUGAAAAUUUGGCAGAUGCCGUUUCCAAUGCAUGGCUCGUCAUCGAAGCUGUCCCGGAGAAGAUCCAGCUGAAAAUUGACACCCUAGCGGAACUUGAAACCCUCGCUCCUGCUGACUCUAUAUUGGCCUCAAACUCCUCCUCAUACAAGUCAUCUGAAAUGUUGGCCAAGGUCUCUGACGCAACAAGGACUCGUAUUCUGAAUAUGCACUACUACAUGCCUCCUCAGUGUAUGGUUGUUGAGCUUAUGACGGACGGCUUUACUACGCAGGAGGUUUUCCCCUUUAUGGUUCAAUGUUCGAAGGAGGCAGCCACCCUGCCAUAUGUCGCCAGAAAGGAGUCGACAGGCUUCAUCUUUAAUCGUCUCUGGGCCGCCGUGAAGCGUGAGGCUUUGACCAUACUCGCUGAAGAGGUGUCUACUCCUGAGGAGAUUGACUCCAUGUGGACGGAGAUGUUCAUCAAGGGAAACGUUGCCCCUUGUAAAAUGAUGGACAAUGUUGGCCUUGAUACCGUUGCUUUCAUUGAAACCCACUAUGUUGAUGAGCGUGGCCUUUCUCCUGAGAAGACCGUUGACUACUUGAAGAAGAACUACCUCGACCUUGGCAAGUUGGGUACCAAGUGCGAUAAAGGCGGUCUCUACCCUCCCGUUGAGGCCAAGCCCGCCAACACCAACGAACGUAAGAUCUUGGCUUUGGAUCUCGGUCUCUCCGCCGCCGUGCCAAGUACAACAGGAGGCAAAAUCCUGGAGCUUUCUUUGGAUGGAAAGGUCCAGGGCGUCCUCGUUCGCGACCAGGCCAUGCCUGAUGGUCUAGCUGUUGACCCCGAGAGCAAGCGCAUGUUUUGGACAAAUAUGGGCAUUCCUGGCAAGGAUGACGGGGCUGUCUACUCCGCGAACUUUGACGGCACGGAUAUAGAGACCGUUGUCGCUCCUGGUGCCACCAACACACCUAAGCAGUUAACUCUUGAUCAGACCGCUGGAAAAGUCUACUUCUGUGACCGUGAAGGCCUCCGUGUCUUCCGCUGCAACUUCGAUGGCAGCGACCUUGAAGUCUUAAUCCAAACUGGCAACUACCAGGAUCCCGAGGAUGGCGAGGAUGGCUCAAAGUGGUGCGUUGGUAUUGCUGUAGCUCCUACCCUAGGCAAGUUCUUCUGGUCUCAGAAGGGACCUUCUAAAGGUGGGAAAGGUCGUAUUUUCUCCGCAAAUAUCAAGACUCCUGAGGGCCAGACUGCCACUUCCAGAUGUGAUAUCCAGUGUCUUCUCAAUAGCCUUCCGGAGCCUGUCGAUCUUGAGGUUGAUGAGGCCUCUCACACCCUCUACUGGACUGACCGUGGUGAAAUUCCUUUCGGUAACUCUUUGAACAGAAUCCGUCUUGAUAGUAAUGGCCUGCCUAUUCCUACUGAUGCCCCACUCGGCUAUGAAGUUCUCACUAGACACUUUAAAGAGGCUAUUGGCUUACGCCUGGACCUUGAACACGGUCACAUCUACUUGACUGAUCUCAUGGGCAACGUCUACCGCACCAAUGCGGAUGGCAAACAGAAGGAGAAAAUUCACUCAGAUGAUAACCGUGCUUUCACUGGCAUCACCUUGAGGUAAGAUAAUGGUAUCG